CUGCGUUCAGGCUGCAAGCCCCUGUUUAAAAGGUGACUCAGACAUACUAGAAAAAGUACAGAGGGCAGCUACGCGUGCAAUUUCGGAACUCCGGGGUUUAUCAUAUAAAGAGCGGCUUGAAAAACUGAACCUCUUUACUCUGUCCUAUCGCAGACUAAGGGGAGAUCUAAUCUUGAUGUACAGAAUACUGAGAAAUGAUUUCGGACCUAACUUAUUCUCUCUCUUUCUUCCCACUAGAUCGGGACACCUCAGAGGACAUAGCAGGCGAGUAGAAAAGCCAAGAACGAACAAAAUACCCGUGGCAUACAGUUUUUCACACCGAGUCAUCAAUACUUGGAACCUGCUGCCUGAAGCAGUGGUGUCCGCACCUUCAAUUGACUCUUUCAAGAGAAAACUGGACACUCACAGAAGCAUACUAGAGAAAGAAUAACAUAGGCCGUAGGCUUUCUGUCCUUACUACACAAAUCUGAAUCUGAUUCGGGCGUUUCGGGUUUUUCCGGAUUGUGCGCUACAUUUUCUCUUUCAGAUUGUCCGUUUGAAUUACGUUGAGUUUGAACUUAGUUGGCUGAUUGGAUUGUGCUGAAAACCAUAAACAUCUAUCUCAACAUUGAGAAACAAAUGCAAAGGAAAUAAUCGGUUCAUAUUAGCCCCACAUAGAGUGUAUAUUGUAAUACACUCUUGUAACUCGUUCCUGUUUGUCUGUCAAGCCUACAUGCUUCAACCAAAAGCAUUUGGUUUUGUGUAGUUCACAUCAAUAUUGUAUAAAAAUCCACGGUUGUCGUCCUGCUCAACUUUUCGCUACAGAAGGUCUCAUUAUUGUUUCCGUUGUUCACUAAUAAUUGUUAACCCACUCAUGGUCGAUCGUAACCGUUUCGAAAUUUUGGAAGAAAACAUCGAAAGUAUUAUUGAUCAUUGUAGGGAGGCUGGAAUUGUUGUUUGUGACUAUCAACCAAGUGUGUCGUUUCAGAAAAAGAUCAACGAUCUAGUGUAUAAAUUACAGGAUGUGGAUCGUAUGCAAGUUGAAAUGCAAGAUGUACAUGUUCCUAUUGAAUUAUUUUCCAAAAUCGAUGCUGGUCAAAACCCUCAGUUGUACACUCGUGAGUGCAUGGAACAAGCACUAGCCAAGAAUGAGGCAGUCCGUGGAAAAUUAGACAGCCUUCGUCGUUUCCGAAUGUUACUUAUGUCCGAAUUGUCUCGUCAAUUUCCAAAUGAAAUGGCUAAAUAUCGAGCUGUACGUGGUGAUCCUGAAGCUCCGACACUUGGUCCUGCAAUGUCCAGUAACUCUCAAUCAAAUGGAUCUGGUACUGAGACUGGUCCAGAAUCCGUUUCACUUAGAUAGAUACUUUCAGUAUGUUUUGUUCUCAACAAGCAUAUGCUUCCUGGAAAUCGUUUUCAUGAUUAUCGUGAUAAAGUGUUUUCUUGUAUAUAUUCUCUAAAAAUUUGUUUGGUUGUCAAUAUGACUAGUAAUGAGUUUGUUGAUCGAAUCAUUUUUUUCUAGUCUAAAAUAUUACGGAAUACCACAUUUGUAUAGGAAGAAAAUAUUUUGAGGCUUACUAUUGUUUAGAGGUGAAAGGCAAGAUUUCAAGUAGGAAUUACCAAGAAACACUGCUGAUAGACUGAUAUCCAUAUUUGUAACAAAUAUUUUGUUAUUUUUGCUUCAUUUGAUAAAGCAACCAAACUACUUAACAUCCUCUUUUUAUGUACUAUUUGCUAUAACUUGUGAACCUGUGUGCCCUGUUUAUUGGAUAACGCAACGAUACCGCCAGUCAGAGAGCAGUGAAUUAUCGACCGAACCAGUGACGCAUAAAACAUGUGCGAGCAGCCUAGAGUCCUGAUUGGCCCUACUUCCUGUCUAGCCCAGCCAGUUAAGUCCAGAACGCCAAUCUCAGCCUCUGCAAUAUGAGUCUUUUAUUUCAAACAUACAGGGUUUAUAUACCAAUCAAACAGUCCACAACGUACCAUAAAAUAGAAACUAACAUUUGUACGAUAUUUGGCCAAAAGUGGCUGUGAGUGGGGGAGGUAGUGAUUAACAGGUAGGGAAUAAGUCAAGAAUGGUAAAUCGUAUAAUAAUAGUUCAUAGGUCGAAAUAAAACUUAUAAUAAAAGGGACAUGAAUAUGAACAGUUUAGUUACAUGACAAUUACACGAUAAAAAUAUACUCAUAGUAUCGGUCCAUAAAUGGAUCCCAAAAAUUACCAUCCAUUAUUCUUAUCGGGAGAUAACACUAUUACAUCUUCACUCUGCUUUAAUGGUGUCUCUUCAUAAAAUACUUUUUUAUAAAGCCUUUUGUACAUAUACAGACAGAGGUUAUUAAUUAACUUGAAGUUAUUUCCACCUUCCAUGAUGGUCAUCAAGAUAAAGCUAUGCACAAAGUUCAAAAUGUUGACAUUUUUAACAUUGGAGAAUAUUAGAUGUUAGCUAAAAACUCAUAACAUAUAUGUUCGUUUGUUCCAGUCAGUAACUGAACAAACCUAAUUAUCACCUAACUUCUAUGUCUUUUUUGUACUUAUCGUAGAUAUCAGUUUGUUUAGACUUAACAACUUCAUUAAGACAUGUUAUAUUUGUUUAAACACAUAAAUAUUGGUACAAAGAGGCACCGAAUUUAAUGCGCCACACUUCAUCAUUCGACUUUUGCGAGGGCUUAAAUUCUGCCCGGGCGCCCGGACCGAAGCAAGUGUUUUUCUUAGGGGGCCACUUCCCGAGCCUUUAACCUAAAGGCCUAAUCUGCAAGGUAGCGGAGCGAUGUUAGGAGAUCCAGUCACAUGGUAGCCGGUGACCAACAAUAGGUUCAUAGGCCAUCUUUUGCUUCAGGGUCCUGGAGUCCAUGUGAACUUUUGGUUCGGAGUUAAGGUUCUCCAACUCCCCUAGAUGAACCCUCUAUAUCCACCAACCCUGUUGAAGCGCCGAACAUUCGUUUUUCGCUCUUUGGAUUUCACAAACAGCACAUCAGCCGCGAGAAGGCAAUGAGUAGGACUUCCCUAACAGUGACUAUACGCGUGGCUAUGUGAGAGCGUUUUGAGGAGAGUGGGUUCUCCCCAUGCUCGACCGUACCAAAGAUUUGGGGGCGAGCUAAAAAUUGAAUUUUAAAGGUGUUUUCAGGGCACCGGAAUUAACUUGAUUGGUUUGACAGAGAUCGAUGCAAAUAAAGAGUCGGUUUGCAAUGUUUUUAUUAUGCAGUCAGCAUAUGAAUUCUUACUUUCGAAAGUCUCAUACUACAGUAAACAGAUAAACAAAAUCAAAGCUUGUCAAUAGUAAUAUCUUAAUAAUAGAUGUUGCUGAAGUUUCCGAUGUUAGUUCUUCACUAUCUUGUUAACAUCAACUCGUAUUACAUACAUGUGUUGUGAAAAUUGAUCGACUGAUAUGUUUAUUAAUCUAGAAAACGAAGUUUACGAAAGUCAUUUUUAGCAUACAAGCCAUUAAUUUUCACCGUUUAUUACUAUUAAGGUUCUUAUUCUGAACGUUUAAAUUGUUUUACAGUAGACAAAAGAAUAGGUCAGGAUUGUCUUUAUAAGUGCAUGGAUACUUGAACAAUCAUUUAUCCAUGAAUCACGGAGUUUUUAAUAUAAAGCUAGUCUUAGGGUAUUUUUUUGUCAAUAACAUUUAUUUGUCAUUUGUGAUAAUUCUUGUCCAAUAAUACACAGUGAUAAAAAAGAAAGUACCUUGCUAAAUUUUCCCCAAAAAACCCAAAUGAAACACAAUUACUUGUAAUGAUGGUCAGAAGGCCUUGAUUCUUGAAUAAAUUUCGAUCUUGCUUUUUUCGAGAUCCUAUUCAGUUUAUGAUUUCUUUGAUUAUUGGUUAUAAAGGAUUUUCGUUUAAAUCUCAAUACUACUUUCCCGGUGCUAAUACACUUCAUUAGUUGAUUGUGACUCGAAGUGCGCUGUGUUUGUUAACUCACCUCACGUUCUCAGCUACACCAACGACCAUCUUUCAGACUACAACUGAUUCUGUUCUCUUUUUUAAAACUUCUUUUCUCGAUCAAACCCGACGUAGAUCCUUCAAUGGUAAUAACAGAAAUACUAUACUUGGAAUUACCCUUUUCAGAAUAAUAAAUCUGUGGUGUUUGAACCCUCUUACUUUUAAUUUUUUCGAAACAUGGACAUAACUAUUCGAUAAAUCUAUUUCAUGUUUACUCUAGUAUUAUUACUUUACAAAGUUAUGAUAUUCAAACAUACUUUAUAGUGAGCUCAAUAAGAUUAAUAAAAUCCGUAGUAGAUCAAACAAAUUCAAUGUGGAAGAUCGAGAUAGUCAUUCAAAUGGUAGUGCAAAUGAGAAAAUACGACCUAGGUCUACCUUAAAUAAGUGAAACAAGCCGAACAAAACACUAACUUCAGGAGUUUUUACUUUAUUAUGGCUAUGAAGAAGCCAAUGCUCGUUGCAUACAGAGUUACAUUAAUGCCAUGCAAAGAAGCGCGAAAGGCGCUUAUAGGAUACGGACAAACUGAUGAUGGCAACGAAAAUGCUAGAGAUCAAUUUUAUGAAAGUGUCUUUAGCCUAUUGUAGAAAAAUCCUCAGGAAAACACAUGACCAACUUAAUGGGGAACCUAAAUGCCAGGGUCGAAAUGGACAUCACGGAGCAUGAAAGCAUCAUUGCUCAAGGUGAACUAGGAGAAAUAAGAGCAAAGAAAUCGAAUAAAUGAGCUGAAUAUACAGGAGGAAACGGCUGUAAAAAGCACUAGAGGUAGGAAGCGAAAAUAUGUGGGAGGCCUGGUAACUUCAGCAGAAAAAUCUGUAGGAGAAGGAAGUAUGAGAGAACUAUUUAAAACGACUAGGAAGCUAUCAAGAAAACGUAGUAGACCGGGGUGGUCGGUCAAGAACAGUGAAGGUAAAACGAUCGCCGAGAUUCGAAAGCGGCGGAAAAGGUGGGUAGAGCACCCUGAAGAGCUCUUGAAUAGGCCAGCGCUGUUGAAACCAACGAACAUCAAAAGAGCGCACAAAGACCUUCCUAUAGAUUCUGAAGUACAACACGACGAACGCCAACCAAGUCACACCUGAUGGUGAAUCUAUGAAAGAGGUGGAACCUUCACAUAUCUGGGCAACAUCGUUGAUAAUCAAAAAAUAUCUGGUUCAGAUGUAGAGUGACAAAUUGGCAGGACGAGGUCAACAUCUCUAUAAUUAAGUGAUAUCUGGAACAUAAAAUAGCCCUCACGCAAGACCAAAUUCAGAAUUUCCAACACAGACGUUAAAAGUGCGGAGAUUAGGAAAAGACACUAGGAUGGAUAGUACACACCGAGGAAACCAAUAAAUUGUGUCACGAGGUAAGUCCUUGUAAAGUAUGAUCGAUAAACGAACCCACCAAUGACAACAGGAAACGACCACUAUAACAUUAACUUUCUUUGACCUUGUAUGACUAUGCUUUGCUUAUUCACCAACCAUAGUUUUAUGUUUAUAUUGAACGAUAUUAAGUUCGUUGACUCAUUUUUCUAUCCUCUAGUUACUGUUCAAUAUGUUAUUCAUGUCUUUCUUUUUCCCUGUUUAAUAGACUGUAAUAAUUGUUUAUUCCGUGUGCUAACAGUGUUAGUUUACGUUUUAGGAACAGUUUAUUGAACCAAAUAGAUAACUUGUUCUGACUUUGGCUAAGCUAAUACUCUGUGCUCGACAGUCUAGAGAGUAGUUUGGAAUUAAAUCCUACAGUCCUAACUUGGAAUCCUCCGAACAAAAGACAAGGAGGCAGACCAAAGAACACAUGAUAUCGAAAAUUGUAGACCGAAAUCAAGACCAUGAAUAGCACCGACAACAAGUAGAAAGGAGAACUCAGGACAGGUUUGGUCGGAGAUCUCCGGUUGGAGUGUUCUUUAAACUGUAGCUGUAUCUUUUGUUAGACGGAAAUCAGCUAUAAUGUAAUUCUACUUACUAGUAAUCAGAGUGACUACCUAUAAAAACAGUUUCCUCUUCUGCUGUUCGGGAUAAUUCAGAGAACCUUUCUGAUAUGAAUCAACAUAUGCUCACUAGUGACUAGCUUCAAGAGGUAUAUCCCGGAGUUCUAAGGAGGAGCAGUGACCAGUGGAGUUCAACCGGUUCAGUUGUGAGAUAGUAACUCGCUGACGACAAUGGUGGAUGUGUCGCUCGAGUCGGAAUGAUGAUGGAAGUCACAAGGAUUGUUGAAUUCCAUCACAAUCCCUGAGGCGACAUAUGUUCAAUGAUUUUUUCUCACAUCACAUUUAAAUAUACAGACAUACAACUGUUAUUUCCACAGUUUCUAUGACGAAUUAAACUCAGUUCCGGUUCGUAAUUUUGAUAGUCUACUUGGCGACCAAUCAGAAUGAAGCGGGAAUUAUCACUGCCGCCAUCUUUAUAAGCAACGAUGGUUGGUUUGUCUCGUUCUGCAUUUUUACGCUGUUUUUUUUUGGUAUAGCUGCAUAAUUUAUUGUUUUAGUGCGUUAAAAUUCCUCAAUUUAUAUAAUGCUCUAAGUGUUGGAGCUGAAUUUUUAAAAUCCGCCCUGCUUUCUUGAUUUUUGCUGCUGCUACUAAAUUCAGUGUAUUCCUUCAGACAAGCUCGCUUGUUUUAUGUGACGAAAUGUUAGUCCGUUUUGUUCUUAGUAUUAUUUUGUAGAUAUCGGAAACCAGAAUUACUUUUUUAAGCUUUCCACUUUUUGUACCGAAUGACUCGUCACACAACACCAAGCCUCACUUUCAACACUGUUAACAUGAUUGGACAACUUGUUUAGUAAACAGUUAACAAGUGAACUAUGUAUAUAUAUAUUUGAUAAUUUGGGUGUUCGAUUACAUAUUUUUGAUAAGCCUUGAACCAUUUUUACUUGGGAAACGGAAUUAUUUAAAGUUCAAUCUUAGGGCUUUUUGCAGUUAUAGUUUUUCUCCUUGAUGAAUUGAGGCUUAUUUUUUAAGAGGAUGUUCAAACUGUCAACAUUCCAGAGAUUUUAGAGAGUGUGAAUCUGAAUAUUACAUGGUUUUUACAUUAUCUCAUUCAAUCGAAGUUGUAAGUGAUCAUAUGUUUACCAAAUAAACAGAACAGACAAUAUGAUCUAGCUGUUUCCGUGAUGCUACACCUAUUCUUUGUGCAAUCAAACUACUAGGUUGGCUGAUGUACCAAAAUAUCACAAUCUAUCGCUUUAUAUCUUGUCUUUUACUACUUGAUUAAACCUUGAUAAAAAUUUCGAUGUGACACUUUGUUACGUGAUACUUUUUAUAGAUUACUAUUCAAUGUAAAGCAAUUGAUUUCUCACGCAAAUACAUAAUCACGCUGACUUCGUAAAACAAGGUAAAGUACAUAAAAUAACAUUGAGUAAGAUCAGUGUAGGAGGUAUUUUAGAGAUUAUUCAUUUUGUAUAUUUACAUUAUAGACUGUGUAAAAUGUGAUCGAUAGACGAACUCACCAAUAAUAAAGGGAAACGCCCACCACCACAUUAACUCCCUUUGACCUUGUACUACUGUAUCUCUUUAUUAACCAAUCACAGUUUGAUGUCCAUUGUAAAACAAAAUUUUACUUGUUGAUUCAUUUUUCCUAUCCUCUGGCUACUGUUCAGUAUGUUAUUUGUGUUUUUUCCCUGUAUUGAUAGACCGUACAGUUUGUUUGUACACUAGCGAUGUUAAUUUGUUUUAGAAACAGAUAAAGUUUAUCUAGCCAAAUAGCUUGUUUGUUCUGACUUUGGUCAAACCAAGACUCUGUAUUCGACGGUCUAGAGAAUAGCUCAGAAUUAAUCCUACAGACUGAUUAACUAGACAAAUAGUAAUAACCAGUCAGGACUUGGUAACUAUCUCUCCACAACAUAGGACUUGUUUGUAUUGUCAUCAAAUCUCGUGAGGAGAGCACGUUAACUUCAAACUUUUCAUUCAGUGGUUCACAGUCCCAACAAAAUGGUUUAUUUAAAACUGUAUUAACCCUAUCAGUCAGACUUGAGAAAGAGGAGUCAAAUAUUAGUUAUUCAUAGUUUGGUUAUGACUAUGGGACUCGUGAUGAUUACACCCGGUAUCGAAUUUAGUUGCAGAAGACAGACGGUUUUAAUAUGAUCGAGUCACAAUCACCAUAUUAGGUAGUAAAUGUAUGGUACAGUAAGGGAUUCUAAUAACUCUAAUGAUAAUGAUAAUAGUUUCUAUUCUGGAAAUUAGUCUACACUACACAACCGUUUACGAGCUUGACCAAAUAGAUAUAAAUUGCUAUGUAAUCCUUGUGAAAAAUGUCUAAUUUUACGUUAUCUGGAUAAACAUGGUUUGCAAGUAACUUUGGUUAGGACAAAUUCAGAUUGAUGAAUAUCAAACAAUAAGCGUAAUGGAAGGUGUGAAAAUGUAGAGUUUAGUGAUGUUGCAGUAUAGCAUUAAGUGGUAUUUUUACAGUCCAAGGCUUACCUUGAAUAAAUUAUUUUCGCUUGAGAUGUUUUCAGUCCUUUUUGGUGAUCUCCUCAAGACGUAUAAUUAUAGGGUUGAAAGAAAUCUUUGCUUUGCUUCCCGACUCCUGAACGUUUCAUGAAUUCAAUCCUCUAUAAAGAUAAAUAUGUAGGGCCAUUUCAUAAACUGACCAUCUCGUUAUUUUGUCCUUUCGAACUUUGUGGAAAAAGCUGAGAAGUGGUCAGUUUAUGAUAUGACACCUUGGUAUAAAAGGAAGCUGUACAGCUUUGCCGUCUGUCAGUCAAUUGGGACUCUAGUUUAAGUCAUAAAGUAGAUGCGACUCAGUGAUUCUAGAUGUUAUAAGGUAUGGCUCGGAGCACAAGCCAAUGACGGUUUAUAGGAGUGAGAACUUGUCUUACUGAAAGAAUUAUUCCUGGUUGUAUUUUGUAAAUAAAUUAUCUAUCCUGUUAUAUACCGCUCUCUUCCAUUUAUUUUGGUUAUACUUUCUCACCUCUCUUUGUCUUUUUAUGAUUCUGUUUUCUUAUUUGUGUGAUGCAUAUUUAUUUUGGGGCCCAGUUGCACCAGCACCUAUGUAUUUUAAAUAAAUAAAUAGAUCCAAGAUCUAGUAUUCUGAAAAGCUUGUUAACAUCGAGUCCCUGGUUUGAGUCUGUAACAUCGUAUUAUUUACCUCUUAAUGUCAUAAUUGAGAAUAUUACCUCUUCAUUAAACUAAUAUAACCUCAGUGGACUAGACCUUAUUCUUUUAAAUUAAGAAAAACACAAGUACUAGCCCGUAUUAAAAAUGAGAAUGCUGUUCAAGUCUUAUUUUAAAGUAGUAGACAGUUUUUAGUGAUACAUACAUUAGUAAAUGUCAUUAUCCUCAUUAAGGAUAUGACUUGAAUUCACUAUUUAAAGUGGAAUUUACUAAAUUACAGAAUUAUAAUACGUCUUUGAUAUUCAGUAGAAACUGGUUUUUGUUAAAGCUAAAUAUUUUUACUGCUAAAAUUUACUUAUCUGUAUAGCUUAUUUAAAGAAAUAUUUACUGUUGAUUAAUGAAAUCACGUUCACGCCUAUAUUUACAUACAAGUCGCUUAAAAGCUUAGUCAUAGGGAAUUGAAGUGAAUGUAGUGUGAGUCACUCCAUUACCAUUGUUUGUGAUUUCACUGUAUCACAAUCCUUUGAAUAUGGUUUCAUGUGAAUAUUUUCAUUAUGUUUAAAAUAUAUCUUUCAUCAAAAUAGUAAUAACUCACAUUUAUUUAUGAUUAAAAUGUAUCUUCUAAUAAAUUAAGAAGCCAAUAGUAGUACAUAAACGAAAUCUCUAGACUAUAGAAUCUUAGAAAACAUCUUUGUUUUGGUAAUAUUAUCUCUGUAGUACAUCUUGAACAGUCUGACUUUAUAUCGACUUGUUCAAAAUUUCUUGUUAUAAAGUUCACACUAGACAUAAAGAUGGGUAAUCAAAUAAUAUCGAUAGUUCUCAUACAACAUAAGUGAUAAAUACAAAGCAGUAUAUUUACAAUCCAUAAUGAGUAUCUGUUGUCCAUAAUAAACUAUAUUAACUAGAUGUAUUAUGUUAAUUUUAGAAAUAAGGUUUAUGCUUUCCGCAACAAGAAUGCUUAACAUGAAUUAAACUAGAUUUAUUAAUUUUUAAUAGCUAACAAUCUUGAACUUCUAUUAGUGAGGAAAAGGGUUAAUUGAAUUUAGAACAUUUCUAAUUUCAUUAUUGGAAGUAAGGGAUUAUAACUAAAUAUGCGUAACCUAAAUUAUUAGGUUAAUUUAAAAUUAAUUUCCUUUUAUUAUGUUAAUUCAGAUUCCAUAAAAUAGGAUUCUACAUUUAAUUAAUGAACAAUACGAAAAUAAUUUGAACUGAUCAACAUUAAAGAUCAUAAUUUGUCGAAUUAAUCAAUUAGUACUUUUAGCAAAAUAAAUACAUGAAGAUGAUGUAUUGGUUAUUUUUAUAAAUUCAUUGACUUGAUUAACCACAAAGAUUAUUAAUUGUAUAUGCUUAAAAUAAAAUCAUGAAUUAAAUUGAUUUCCAAAUGAAGGAUUUCCCAAGAAUAUAUGCAAUAGAGAUGAGUUCCGGUUGCAGAAUUGUUGGAUUGUGUACACUAUUAGUAUUCCAGAAGUAAAACAUUUAAUUGUAAAUUGUAUGAAUAUACUUCGCCAUCAUACAUAAGAAAUUUAUUAUAAUCGUAAAUCCGAUUACAAGGCAUAAUGGAACCAUCUAUCCGAAUAUUUCAAAAACAUCACAGUUGAUAAAAAAUCCUCCUUCAGAGUUAUUUUUCACCUUCAAAUAGCGUUCUACCUCUUUUUCCCAGACAAUUUAUUGAAUGAUUCGUAUCUGAAUUUCCG